AUGCAUUUACCUUCAGCGCAGAGUGGUUUAGCACCAUUCCAAGACAAUACUUGUACUAUGGCAGAUAAAGAGGUUUUGGCGUGUGAACGUGCAGUUUCUAACGUUAUUAGGGACUAUUCGAGAGAACUAGUGAAAACUGGGAGUCCGAACUUCUUGUGUUCAAUUCUUCCUUCACAUUGGAGAUCUAAUAAAACACUACCAGUCCCGUUCAAGGUUGUGGCUCUUGGAGAGAUUAGGGACGGGACAAAAGUUUGUAUUACCGCGGGCAAUGAUGAAAAUGUUUGCUGUGAACUUCGCAAUAAUACAGCCAUCAUGAAGAACCAAAUGGCCAAGUUUAACGACUUAAGAUUUGUUGGGAGAAGCGGCAGAG